AUGGUCAAGGAGACAAAGUUUUACGACCUCCUCGAGGUCUCACCCACCGCCUCUGAAGCGGAGCUCAAGAAGGCCUACCGUAAGAAGGCAUUGAAGGAGCACCCGGACAAGGGUGGUGACCAAGAACGAUUCAAGAACAUCACCGCAGCAUACGAAGUCCUCUCGGACCCCGAGAAGCGCGAUCUCUAUGAUCGAUUCGGCGAGCAGGGUCUUGACCAACAAGGAAUGGGUGGCGGCAUGGACCCCCAGGACCUCUUCUCGCAGCUCUUCGGUGGCGGAGGCGGUGGUUUCUUCGGUGGCGGAGGCGGACGUCCCCGCGGCCCCCGCAAGGGCAAGGAUCUCGUUCACCGUGUCAAAGUAUCGCUCGAGGAGCUCUACGUCGGCAAGGUAACCAAGCUUGCCCUCCAGAAGCACGUUCUCUGCAAAAAGUGCGAUGGUCGCGGUGGCAAGGAAGGUGCCGUCAAGACAUGUGGCGGAUGCAACGGUCAAGGUAUCAAGGUCGUCCUCCGCCAGCUCGGUCCCAUGGUCCAGCAGAUGCAGCAGACCUGCCCCGAGUGCCAGGGUCAGGGUGAGAUCAUCAACGCCAAGGACCGCUGCAAGGAGUGCAACGGCAAGAAGAUCAACCAGGAGCGCAAGGUCCUCGAGGUGCGCAUCGACAAGGGUAUGGAGGAUGGCCAGCAGAUCACGUUCAAGGAAGAGGCAGACCAGGCACCCAACACCAUUCCAGGCGAUGUGGUCAUUGUCAUUGACGAGAAGCCCCACCCUCGCUUCAAACGCAGGAAGAACGACCUCUUCAUCGAAGUAGAGGUCGACCUCCUCACUGCCCUCGGCGGUGGUAAGAUCCUUAUCGAGCACCUCGAUGAUCAUGCACUUUCGGUCGACAUCCCCGCCGGAGAGGUGAUCAAGCCCGGCGACGUCAAGGUGCUCCGUGGUCAGGGUAUGCCCAGCUACCGACACCACGAGCUCGGCGAUCUCUACGUCAACCUCAGUGUCGCCUUCCCCGAGUCGAUCGAUGUCAACAACAUUCCUCUGCUUGAGAAGGCGCUGCCACCACGCAACGCCUUGCCCAAGACCAAGAAGGAGAUCGACGUCGAAGAUGUCCAGAUGGACGAGCUCGACGAGCGUGAGGCUCGCAACGUCAAGCCCAACGGCGCCGGUGGUCAUCCAGGCAUGGACGAUGACGAUGAGGAUGGACAGGGCGCAAGCAAUAUCCAGUGCGCGCAGUCCUGA